CCACGGCUGCUGUCGGAGCAAAUUGGCGCCAUUUUGAAGAUAGGAGGGGGGAAGAGAGCUGCAAGAGACAGAGAGAGAGGAUACAAUUCAUUGCAAUUCAUUAAAAAAAAAACAAGGAGUACUGAGCUGGGAGUAUGGCUCACUCUAAGUCUCGAGCGGCCGAUGGGAAGAUCACCUACCCUCCGGGGGUCAAGGAGAUCUCCAGCAACAUCUCCAAGGAGGAGAUGGUCCGCCGACUCAAGAUGGUGGUGAAAACAUUCAUGGACAUGGAUCAGGACAGUGAGGAGGAGAAGGAGUUGUACCUGAACCUGGCUCUCCAUCUGGCGUCUGACUUCUUCCUGAAGCACCCCGACAAGGACGUUCGCCUCCUAGUGGCCUGCUGCUUGGCCGACAUUUUCAGAAUCUACGCCCCAGAGGCCCCCUACACAUCACCUGAUAAACUGAAGGAUAUCUUCAUGUUCAUCACUCGCCAGCUGAAAGGACUGGAGGACACCAAGAGUGCUCAGUUUAACAGAUACUUCUACCUGCUGGAGAACAUAGCGUGGGUGAAGUCCUAUAACAUCUGCUUUGAGCUGGAGGACAGCAAUGAGAUCUUUACUCAGCUCUACAGGACCCUGUUCCAGGUCAUCAACAACGGGCACAACCAGAAGGUGCACAUGCACAUGGUGGAUCUGAUGAGUUCCAUCGUCUGUGAGGGAGACAGCGUGUCACAGGAACUACUGGACACUGUGCUGGUCAAUCUGGUGCCUGCACACAAGAACCUGAACAAGCAGGCGUAUGACCUGGCCAAGGCUCUGCUGAAGAGAACAGCUCAGGCUAUAGAGCCCUACAUCACUAAUUUCUUCAACCUGGUGUUGAUGUUGGGGAAGACGUCUGUCAGUGAUCUGUCAGAACAUGUGUUUGACCUGAUCCUGGAGCUCUACAACAUAGACAGCCAUCUACUGCUGUCUGUACUACCACAGCUAGAGUUUAAACUGAAGAGUAAUGAUAAUGAUGAGCGUCUCCAGGUGGUCAAGCUGUUAGCUAAGAUGUUUGGAGCCAAAGACUCGGAGCUGGCAGCACAGAACAAACCCCUGUGGCAGUGUUACCUGGGCAGGUUCAAUGAUAUCCACGUGCCCAUCAGACUGGAGUGUGUCAAGUUUGCCUCCCACUGUCUCAUGAACCACCCAGACCUGGCCAAGGACCUCACAGAAUUCCUGAAGGUUAGGUCACAUGACCCCGAGGAGGCCAUCCGUCACGAUGUCAUCGUCUCCAUAGUAACGGCGGCCAAGAAGGACCUGACUCUGGUAAACGACGCCCUGCUGAACUUUGUCAAGGAGAGGACUCUGGACAAGAGGUGGCGUGUGCGUAAAGAGGCCAUGAUGGGAUUGGCUCAGAUCUAUAAGAAGUACUCUCUCCAGGGAGAGGGGGGCAAGGAGGCAGCCAAUCAGAUCUCCUGGAUCAAAGAUAAACUACUACACAUCUACUACCAGAACAGCAUCGAUGACAGGUUGUUGGUAGAGCGUAUCUUUGCCCAGUACAUGGUACCUCACAACCUGGAGACCACAGAGAGGAUGAAGUGUUUGUAUUAUCUCUACGCUACCCUGGACACUAACGCUGUCAAGGCUCUGAAUGAGAUGUGGAAGUGUCAGAACAUGUUGAGACACCAUGUCAAAGAUCUCCUGGACCUGGUCAAACAGCCCAAGUCUGAUGCGGGUAGCAAGGCGGUGUUUGCCAAGGUUAUGGUGAUUACGAGGAACCUUCCAGACCCAGGCAAGGCCCAGGACUUUGUGAAGAAGCUAGCCCAGGUCCUGGAUGAUGAUGAGCGGAUCAGAAACCAACUAGAGACCCUGGUCUCACCGGCCUGCUCCUGCAAACAGGCCCAAGUCUGUGUGAGAGACAUCACUAAGAAGUUAGGCAGUCCCAAACAGCCCAGUAAUCCCUUCUUAGAGAUGGUCAAGUUCCUGCUGGAAAGAAUUGCUCCUGUACACAUUGACACACUCAGUCUCAGUGCUCUGGUAAAGCAGGUGAACAAGUCGAUAGAUGGAACAGCUGAGGAUGAUGAAGAGGGAGUUCCUACCGAACAGGCCAUCAGGGCAGGACUGGAACUACUCAAGGUCCUGUCGUUCACCCACCCGGUGUCGUUCCACUCUGCGGAGACGUUUGAAUCCCUGUUGGGCUGUCUCAAGAUGGAUGACGAGAAGGUGGCCGAGGCGGCGCUGCAGAUAUUUAAAAACACAGGGAGCAAGAUGGAGGAGAGCUUCCCUCACAUCAAGUCUGUUCUGCUGCCAGUACUGCAGACCAAAGCUAAGAGAGGACCACCUCGCCAGGCCAAAUAUGCCAUCCACUGUAUACAUGCCAUGUUCACACACAGAGACACACACUUCGCUCAGAUCUUUGAGCCGCUGCAUAAAGGCCUGGACCUCGAGGACCUGGAUCAGCUGAUAACUCCUCUCACCACUCUGGGUCACCUGGCUCUGCUGGCCCCAGAACAGUUUGCCGCUCCGCUCAAAUCACUGGUGGCCAACUUCAUAGUCAAGGACCUGCUCAUGAGCGACAGGAUCCCAGGUAAGAAGACCACCAAGCUGUGGGUUCCUGAUGACGAGGUGUCUUCUGAAACCCUGGCCAAGAUCCAGGGUAUCAAGUUGAUGGUGAGGUGGUUGCUGGGCGUAAAGAACACCCUGUCUAAGUCUGGUAACUCCACUCUGAGGAUGCUGACUGCUAUACUUCACAGUGAUGGAGACCUGACAGAGCAGGGCAAGAUGGGUAAACCAGAUAUGUCCAGGCUGAGGUUGGCAGCAGCGUGUGCCCUACUGAAGCUGGCACAGGAGCCCUGCUACCAUGAGAUCAUCACCCUGGAGCAGUACCAACUCUGUGCCCUGGUCAUCAAUGAUGAGUGUUACCAGGUGCGCCAGGGCUUUGCCCAGAAGCUCCAUAAGGGUUUGUGCCGCCUGCGUCUGCCCCUGGAGUACCUGGCGGUGUUUGCCCUGUGUGCCAAGGACCCUGUGAAGGAGAGGCGGGCCCACGCCAGGCAGUGUCUGGUGAAGAACAUUACAAUCAGGAGAGAGUACCUUAAACAACACGCUGCCGUCAGCGAGAAGUUGUUCUCUCUGCUCCCUGAGUAUGUGGUCCCCUAUGCCAUCCACCUGCUGGUCCACGACCCAGACUACAUCAAGGUCCAGGACAUUGAACAGCUCAAAGACAUCAAGGAGUCUCUGUGGUUCAUCCUGGAGAUCAUCAUGUCUAAGAAUGAGAACAACAGCCAUGCCUUCAUCAGGAAGAUGGUGGAGAACAUCAAACAGACCAAGGAUGCACAGGCUCCUGCCGACGCCAAGAUCAACGAGAAGUUGUACACGGUGUGUGACGUGGCCAUGAACAUCAUCAUCUCUAAGAGCACCACCUACAGUCUGGAGUCUCCCAAAGACCCUGUCCUUCCCACACGCUACUUCACCAAGCCUGACAAGAAUUUCAGCAACACAAAGAACUAUCUCCCCCCAGAGAUGAAGUCCUUCUUUACACCUGGAAAGCCUAAAGCAGCUAACGUGUUAGGAGCAGUGAACAAGCCCCUGGCCUCAGCAGGCAAACCCAUCCAGAGUAAAGCAUCACGCAUGGAGACGGCUAGCAACGAGGAUAGUACCUCAAACCCCAGCUCUCCUCAACGCACCAAGACCAGACAUGACAGUGCAGAGGACCACAGUGAGAAUGAAGACAUCAUGAAGAAAGGAGACGCCUCCGACACAAAGGACAGUGACAAACCCCGGGGCCGUAAACGAGGCGCCGCCUCCAGUAACCUUGACGACAACCCUUCUCCUAAACCCAAGCGCGGCCGCAAGAAGGCAGCAGCAGUCGACCCCGAGGACCAAUGGGGAGAGGAGUCCCGACUCGGCGACGCCCAGACGGAAGACGAGCAGAACAGCCCGCCCAAAAAAGGGCGUAGGGGGCGAUCCACGAAGGCCGCGCCAGCCAAUCAGGAAACUCCAGCUAAGGGGAGGGGCCGGGGCCGGAAGAAGGCAACUCCUCCCCCUGAAGAAGAGGAUGAGGGAGGAGAGGAGGAAGAAGAGGAGGAAGAGGAAGAAGAGGAGAAUAUGGAGCUGAAGACUAAGGGAGGAAGACCAGCGCGGGCGGCAAGGAGAUCAACACAGAGUUCUGAGUCUGCUGAGUCCACCCCAGUGAAGAAGAGAGGCCGGCCGGCCAAGGCAGCAGCACAGCCCGCCAAGAAACAACCAGCGCGUGGCCGUGGUAAGGCAGCAGCACCGCCAGCAGCCAAAGAGGACUCUGAGGAGGAGAUGGAGACACCGGCUGAGGAAGAAGAGGAGGAGCAGGAGGAAGUGGAGAAGGAGGAAGAACAGACCACUCCUAAAGGUCGACGGAAGACCGGAGGAAGAAAAAGAUGAACAGAGGACAAGAAAAAAAGGGAAGGAGAGAGAGAGGUGGAGUGGAUCAUUGGACACUUGUCUUCUCUAAAGGAGAGAGGGAGCGAAGGAUAGAUGGAGAGAGUGGAAGAUGGGAGGGAUGGAGAUUAGACUUUUCUGAACUUUUCAUACGCUGACGCUCCUACCUUUACACACACACACACGCGCGCACACACACACACACACACACACACACACACACACACACACACACACACACACACACACACACACACUCUUAUAACAUCAGUAUCAAUAACCGUAAGUUGUUUUUGUGAUGCAUUGUGAUAUUGUUCACCACAUCUGUUCGAGAGAGAGAGAGAGAUCUCAAAUGAUGAAGAUCCCAUGAGUUGUAAAUAGUAUCUUUCAUGUCUGUGUUAUGGUUGUUUUGUUGAUUGACUGACUGGGUGCUGUUGUAUAGCUUUUAGUUCCUGUCUGUUCCAAAUGGUACUGUAUUCCCUAUAUAUAGUGCUCUACUUUGGUCUCUGGUCAACAAGAGUGCACAGUAUAGGGAAUAGGGUGUUAUUUUGGCCCCGGAUCUGAAAGUGCGCUACUUGUUUUACCCUCAAAAUGAAAUCAGUUUUUAAACAAGGCCUUUCAGCAAUGCUGUCUUUUUGUCAUGUUCCCCUGUGUCCUCUUCGCCUGAACCCUGACUUCAACUGAACCCUGACAUCAACUGAACCCUGACAUCAACUGAACCCUGACAUCAACUGAACCCUGACUUCGCCUGAAAAUCCUGACUUCGCCUGAAAAUCCUGACUUCGCCUGAAAAUCCCGACUUCGCCUGAAAAUCCCGACUUCGCCUGAAAAUCCCGACUUCGCCUGAAAAUCCCGACUUCGCCUGAAAAUCCUGACUUCGCCUGAAAAUCCUGACUUCGCCUGAAAAUCCUGACUUCGCCUGAAAAUCCUGACUUCGCCUGAAAAUCCUGACUUCAACUGAAAUCCUGACAUUAGAUUUCCCGUACAUUUACUAUUUUACUCUUUUGUGAAGUCAAUCAUGUAAUUUUUCCUUUGUAGUUUUUUAACAACAAAAAAAGUCAAUUGGUUUGUUUACAGCAUUGUAUAUUCACGCCUUGUUGAGUUGUCGUUUUUGUUUUUUUAAACCCUCUGGGAGAAAAUUUCAGAAAACUGUGUCGGAAUGUUGAAUGUUUAUUAUAAAUCAAUAAAGUUUUAGUGUUCGUUCCAUUUGA